AGUGAAAAUCUGAUUCCAACACUGGCAUUGCUGGGGCUUGUAACCGAUUUUUUCUUUUGCUUUGCAAAAGUUUCUGAUGGGCGGAGCAUCUAGUAAUCCCUUUCAUUCCCAAACUGUGUCUCACUUCCUGCUCUAAUCACAACUUUUAGCAGAAGAGCAGCUGACAUAGUGUGAGCAGUGUCGGCUAUUAAAUGUGCCCCUAACCGAUCCUCAAAAUGAGAUUUCCAGCACAGAUUGUUUGGCUUAUGUGGUGGACUGUUUGUGUUGCAGAAGAUUGUAAAGGACCUCCUCCAAGAAAACAAACUGAAAUUUUGUCAGGUGUCUGGUCUGAACAAGACUAUCCAGAGGGAACUCAGGCUACAUAUAAAUGCCGACCUGGAUAUAUAACUCUUGGAUCUAUUAUAAUGGAAUGCAGGAAUGGAGAAUGGGUGGCUCUUAAUCCACUGAAAACAUGUGAGAAAAGGCCCUGUGGACAUCCUGGAGAUACACGUUUUGGUACUUUUCAACUUGAAAGAGGAGAAAAGUUUGAAUAUGGUGCAAAGGUUGUUUACACAUGUAAUGAAGGGUAUCAGAUGCUAGGUAGCAUCAAUUUCCGUGAGUGUGAAUCUGAUGGAUGGACCAAUGAUAUUCCUAUAUGUGAAGUUGUUAAGUGUUUACCAGUGACACAUCCAGAGAAUGGGAGAUUGACCAGUAGCGCAUUGGACCUAGACAAGGAAUAUACUUUUGGACAAGUAGUACGGUUUGCGUGCAAUUCAGGCUUCAUGCUUGUUGGGCCUGCAGAAAUACAUUGCUCAACGAAUGGUGUUUGGAGUGGAGAAAGCCCAAAAUGUGUGGAAAUUUCCUGCCAAAAGCCAGAAAUCGCAAAUGGAAAUGCUGCAUCUCUGAAGAAAACUUACAAGGAAAAUGAACGAUUUCAGUAUACAUGUCACCAGGGUUAUGAAUACAGUAGUAAAGGAGAUGCCAUAUGCACUGCAUCGGGAUGGACUCCAACCCCUUCAUGUAAAGAAUUCUUAUGUCCUUCUCCUAAUAUUCAAAAUGGUGACUACACGCCCCAAAGCAUCAGAUACAGAAGUGGAGAUGAAAUCACAUAUAAUUGUAAACCUGGCUUUUAUCCUUCAAACCGAGAAAAAAUGGCAACAUGUACUAAAACUGUCUGGGUACCUCAGCCAAGAUGUGAGAAACGUUGUGAUUUUCCAGAAAUAAAACAUGGACUACUACACAAUGAAUAUAACUAUAGACGAGACUUUCCAGUAUCUGUAGGAAAAAAAUAUUACUAUUCCUGUAACCACAAUUUCGUGACAGAUAAAAAACAGAACGGGGGAUAUAUUCAUUGCACACAAGAAGGAUGGUCACCAGCAGUACCGUGCCGCAGACAAUGUCUUUUUAAUUAUUUGAUAAAUGGAGAAUAUCCAUAUCCAGCAAAAAUGUAUUUCCAAGGUGACUCUGUAAGUGUUAACUGCUAUGCUGGCUACAGUCUUCAAAAUGAGCAGACUGUAAUGACCUGUACAGAAGAUGGCUGGGCGCCCGCUCCCGAAUGCCUUCCUCCUGGGUAUCGUUGUGAUUUUCCAGAAAUAAAACAUGGUAGUCUACACCAUGAAAGUAACUAUAGACAAAACUUUCCAGUACGUGUAGGAGAAAAAUAUUGGUAUUCCUGUGAUCAAAAUUUUGUGACUGUUUCACAAAAGCCCUGGGAACAUAUUCAUUGCACACAAGAAGGAUGGUCACCAGCAGUACCAUGCCGCAGACAAUGUAUCUUCAAUCAUUUGAAAAAUGGAGAGUAUCCAAAACAAGGAGUUAAAUAUGUACAAGGUGAAAAUGUAAUUGUUAAUUGCAAUUCUGGCCACAGUCUUCAAAAUGAGCAGACUGUAAUGACCUGUACAGAGGAUGGCUGGUUCCCUCCUCCUGAAUGCAUUCCUCUCAAAACAUGUUCAAAAUCAGAGGUAACAAUUGAAAAUGGAUUUUUUUCUGAAUAUGAGCCUACAUAUUCCUUAAAUAAAGAAACACAGUAUCAAUGUAAACCAGGGUAUGUAACACCAGAUGGUAAAACUUCAGGACAGGUUACAUGUCUGGAAAGUGGAUGGUCACCUCAACCCACAUGUAUUAAAUCUUGUGACAUGCCAGCAUUUGAGAAUGCCAAAGCCAAAAGCAAUGGUACGUGGUUUAAACUCAACGACACGUUGGACUAUGAAUGCCACGAUGGAUACAAAAGCCAAGAUGGGCGCGCAGGUUCAAUAGUGUGUGGUAACGAUGGUUGGUCUCAUAAACCAGUAUGUUAUGAAAUAGAAUGCAAGAUUCCUGAAAUAGAAGAUAACUUAAAUACUCAGCCCAAAGAAGACAAAUAUAAAGUCGGAGAUGUGUUGAAAUUUUUCUGCACACAAAGACUUAAAAGAGUUGGACCAGAUUCAGUUCAGUGUUACGACUUUGGAUGGUCCCCUAAUCUUCCAACAUGUAAAGAGCAAACAAAAGAGUGUUCUCCACCUCCUCAACUCCUUAAUGGGAAAGUUAAAGAAACAGAGAAAGAAAACUACGAACACAAUGAUUUGGUGGAAUAUGUGUGCAAUCCUAGAUUUCUGAUGAAGGGUUUUAAUAAAAUUCAGUGUGUUGAUGGACGGUGGACAGACUUGCCUAUUUGUAUUGAGGUGGAGACUACAUGUGGAGAUAUACCAGAACUUAAUUAUGGCUAUGCUGUUCAGACUUCUAACCCUCCCUAUCACCAUGGAGAUUCAGUGGAGUUCAAUUGCAGAGAAGGAUUCACAAUGAUUGGACAGAAAUCAAUUACAUGUAUAAGUGGAUCAUGGACCCAACUUCCUCAGUGCAUUGCAACAGAUGAACUUCGGAAGUGUAAACCCAGCUUAACUAUACGUGACGUAAAUCCAUUUAAGACCGAAUUUGAUCAUAAUGAGAACAUAAGUUACAAAUGUAGAGGAAAAUCAGAACAGAAACACUCAACGUGCAUAAAUGGAAGAUGGGAUCCUGAACUAAACUGCACAGAAGUACAAAUGCAGUCAUGCCCACCUCCACCUCAGAUUCCCAAUGCUCACAAUAUGGCAACGACGGUAAAUUAUCAGGAUGGAGAAAAAGUAUCUGUUGUCUGUCAAGACAAUUAUAUAAUUCAGGAUGCAGAGGAAAUCGUGUGCAAGGAUGGAAGAUGGCAGUCAAUACCACACUGUGUUGAAAAAAGCCCAUGUCCUCAACCACCUCAGAUAGAACAUGGAACCAUUAAAUCAUCUCAGUUUUCAGAAGAGAUGGACGAAACAUUGAAACCUGAGGUUUAUGUACAUGGCACCAAAUUAAAUUACACUUGCGAGGAUGGUUUCAGGAUAUCUGGAAAAGAUGAGAUAACGUGCCACAUGGGAAAAUGGAGUUCUCCACCUCGGUGUGUAGGACUUUCUUGUGAGCCACCAGACUUGAUUCCACAUGGUAUUCUAUCUCACGUAUCAGACAGUUACCAAUAUGGGGAAGAAGUAACAUACAAAUGCACCAAAGGUUUUGAGAUUAAUGGACCUGCAUUCAUAAGAUGUAUAGGAGGAAAAUGGUCCCAUGCACCAGAAUGCAAAAACACGGAUUGUUUUAGCUUACCCGACUUCGGUAAUGCCACACCCAUAGGCCAGAAGAAGACGUUCUAUAGGUCAGGAGAAAAAGUGACUUAUAAAUGUCCAAAUAAUUACCUUUUGGAUGGACCAAAUACUAUCCAGUGUAUUAACAGCCAAUGGAUAGGAAAGCCAAUAUGCAGAGAUAUUUCCUGUGGGAAUCCACCCAGAGUGAAAAAUGCUGUUAUAGUGGAUGAGAUGUCUAAGUAUCUACCUGGUCAGAGGGCACGUUAUGAAUGCAUCAUACCUUUUUACCUGGUUGGGGGCAGAGAAGUCACAUGUUCAAAUGGGAACUGGACACAACCACCUCAGUGCGUAGACCCUAAAGAAAAAUGUGGGCCCCCUCCGGCUAUUGACAAUGGAGACAUGACCACAUUCCCAACAUCAGAAUAUGCUCCAGGGUCAUCUGUUGAGUACCAGUGCCAGUCCUUGUAUGUGCUUGAGGGAAACAAGGUCAUCACAUGCAGAUAUGGACAGUGGUCAGAACCGCCAAAGUGCUUGGAUGUUUGUAUAGUAUCAGAAGAAACCAUGAGAAAACAUAACAUACAAUUAGGAUGGUCUUCUAAGAAAAAGAGAUAUUUCCAAACAAGGGAAACUGUUCAAUUUCAAUGUAAUUCUGGAUAUCGUAGACAGACAUCACAACAAACAUUCCGAGCAACCUGUUGGGACGGGAAACUGACCUAUCCUGUUUGUGUACAAAACAUGGUUAAGAUGCAGUCCUAAAAUUAAAACAUGUACAUUUAUUCAAAUUUUCAUGCUUAUUUUGUCAGGUAUUGUUAAACUCCUUUAUAUUCAUAUCAGAAUCUGUGUUAAAUAUUUCAUGGAUGAUGUAAUUAUAAUCUGAGAAGUGAAUAAAUCACUUCUUAAGAGCACUUCAUUAAAACUUGGCAAACCAAAA